AUGUCUCAAGCUCAUCAUCGAAACGAUGUUCAAUCCUCACUUGUACCAGAGGACGCGCAACCUUCUCUCAUAUCAGAAAUAUCAGAAAAUCGCCUAUCUACCAUAACGAAUGAGGCAGAUCAGUCUUGGCUGAAUGAAGCUGACAUAUACAAAGCGUUGUCUUGUCCUUCGGCGGGAGGAGGUGAACAUGGAUCUCAUUUGACCCGUAGACCACAUUUCGCUUCUGACACAACUACCAUCCAAAGUUGUCAUGAUGGAAAUAGACGAUUAACUCGUUUAGUCAAUGAUGGAAAUACCAUUCGAUUCAGACUGGCUUGUACAUUUACUCAUUCUGAGGAUCCUCCGAAAAAUACCGGUUCUCGUGCUUGUGAUUUCUCUCGCACCACUAUUCAACCUGAUAUUCUUGCGUCAAAAGCUGAAAGCCAAAGUCCAAAACAAACUCAAAGUGGACAAAUAGAACACUCGUUGAUAUCAAUUCCUUAUCGAGUAUCCGAAACCACGAUCCCAGAUCAAGGAAGAUUGGAAAUCAAAGCAUCCCCAAAACGCUGGAUUGUCGAAAGAGAUCGUGCUCUACUUCAGCCGAUCGAUAAUAUUGAGCUGGGAAGGUAUCAUCCUUUAGUCAAAAACUGCCUAGACACUUGGGUGCCAGAUGCCAGUCUGGAAGGAAAAGCUUACAAACUCGUGAAUAUAGAGAAACAGGGAACUGGCGAACCUUCCAGAUAUGAAUUUUCCUUCAUCAAAUCUGAUCUUAGCGAAGAUCAAGAUCACGAUACAUGCGAUUUGCCGCUGAUUCCACAUUCCAUUAAUGGGGUCAAGCAGUCAACCAAACUGAGUAUUAAUCAGUUGAGAGAAUUGGAAGAAAAUUAUUCCCGGAAUGUGUACUAUAAUUGA